UAACGUUGUUUCCAAUGCGCCUGUAAAAGAAAGAAGAAAAUCCUCGUUUCAACGGAAGUGUGAAAUAAUUGUGCAUGUGUUGAGAAGUCUGGUUGGAUGUAAAUGGGGGUCAGAUAGGAAGACCAUGUGCUUGAUAUACAGUAUAAGGCUAUGAUUAGGUCAACAAUCGAUUAUGGCAGUUUUGUGUAAGAGUCCCCCACGCCCCCAUCUUUCUUCAAAAUUGUAGUUGAAGCAUUGUAUCUGAGGAGGGCAGUCAUACGUCUUGUGGCGUUUUACACUGCCGGAAACCCAAACGAAGAAGAAAGAACAAAUCCGCGUUCGGAUUGGCUCCUCGCGGACUCGAGCCGGAAGCGCGGGGAUGUUUGUUAGUGUUCAAAAAUGGAGGCUGCAGCGUCUGGCUGUGUUCGAUUCUUGCUUAGCAUUUAAGAGAGUCGAUCUGAUAAAGACGCCUGCCCUGCAACUGAUUUGCGUGACUUUUUUUGUCAGUGUAAAGCAAGUUGACUUGUGUCUCCAGUUAUGAUGCACUUAAAGACAAUGAUGCCUGCCAAGACUUCAAAGCAGGCUCUGGCUGCGGCAUCCAAAAUUAGAAAUAAACUGCACAACACCUCCUCUUUCUUCAAGAUCUCAUUGAAGACCAACAACAAGGCCCUGGCUCUUGCCCUACAGGCUGAGAAGCAUAGGUGCAUGCUGCUACAGAUGGAGAAUAUCCACCUGAGAAAGUCAGAGGAGUCCCUGUGCUUUGAUUUGGCCACCAAGAAGUAUAAGUACAGGAAACUGCUCCUCAUAUUGAAAAGCUUUCACAGCAGCACUCUCCAGCACUUGAACAUGGUGGCUGAAUUAUUCCCUGACAGUGAUCUCUUUGAACCAUCCGAGGAACACAACAUCCUCCCUGCUGACCCUGUCAACCUUCCAGUUAAUAAUCCUGACAGAUUUCCAGGUAUGGUACCAGAUCCUCCGGAAGUUUCAAAAGAUUCAGCGGAACUCCAUCCAGAAAUGCGAGCAGACAGUCUUGAAAACGACAUGCCUGCAGUAUUGCGUGUCCUCAGCAGGCAGUCGACUAUUUGCAAAGCAAUGACAGAGAAUGAGAAAAGGCAUUCAAACCAGCAGGCACUUGAGAUGGAGUCGGCCCUACAGUCCAGUAGCUUAAGGGAAGAAGUGUCAGCCAGGUUCCCUCAGUCCAGCUACGACAUCAGCUCAACGUGUCAAUGGAGCAGCCAAACAUCUUCAGCUCGCAGUACUGCUGAAACACCAGCUCCCUCUGCUGAAGUCAAUGCUCCUUGUGAUGUUGUAGUAGUUGUGCCAGAGAACACAGUCGUCCUCAACACAACCAUGGAGAUUACUCAAUGUAAUGCUGCUGAAAUUGUUAGUCAUCAUUCCACAGAGGAAAAAGCGGUACAGAAAGCGAAACGCAAGAAGAAAAAUGAACUUAAUUUUAGGUCAGGUCUUGCAGACAGUUCACAAGUUAUUGACAAGGCAGACUCUGGUGUUCGCAAGACAGACCCAAAACCUGGUAACGUCAUGUCCGAUACAGAAGACCAGACACCAGCAGGUUUUAACAAUCCCAAAGCAGAGUGUCGAAGUAAUAUCACAUCACAUAUACCCAAAAUAACUAAACCCAGAGUGAGCAGCCAUCAAAAGGUAAAAAGCACCAAGUCAAAGGGGGAUUCUGGUGAUACUGUCAGUCCUCCCUUGAAUGAUUAUCUCAUGAGUCAUGACACCUUUUCCUUCAAACCCAAUGAGAGGGAGAAGUUACCCGCAGUGAAUGAUUCCUCAGAAAAAAAAAUGUCAAACAUCACGUGCAGGAAGAAAAGUCGCAAGUGGCCUUUAGGGACCAGUAUGAUGUCAAUGUUGCCACAUCAUGCCCAAGAGAAUGGAGGACGCACAAUGGACCACAAUGAGGGAACAGCCAAUUUUGCAGAGUCAGAGGAACCAAACCAUCCUGUUACACGUGGUAAUGAAGCGCAGAUAAACAAUGAGACAUCUGUGGAGUCUGGAAGAUGUCCCAAAUCAAGGCGCAGAGGUACAUUUGUUAUAUCUGUGGCUCACACGACAGACAUUAGAGAAGAACUAGAACUGUUGUCGAUAGAUAAGGACUCCAUCCGGGAAGUAGAAGAAUCAUCCCAACGUUGGGUGACCAGAGAUGGCGGUUCUGUCGUGGCAACGCCAAGUUCCUGCAAGCGUCCUUGGGUGGCCACUCAGGAUCCAGGCAGCCUUCCAGUAAACCAUAAUAACCAAGAUGAUAUACCGCAGCUGAAGGAAUUCUCGGUUGAAGGGUAUCAGUUUCAGAAACCUAAAAAAGCGAGACAAGAGGUCUCAAGCAGAUCCAACAGGAAGAAAGUGCAAAGCAGUAAUGAAUCUGGUGAUCACGCGACAGAUAAGAAGAACAAACGAUCCCAUGGCAAAGGCUUUUGUCCUGUUGAUGAAGUGACUUAUCUUCCGGAUCCCACUGACUCCCCUUUCUGUAAUGAGUUUGCAUUCUUUGAUGAUCCUGGUGACAUGCACGAUGAAGAUAAUGAAACAUUUACGUCAAAAUCCAGAGUGAAUCGAAAUUCUAGAUGGUACAGAAAGACGUCCAAACUGCCUUCACCAGACAACAGCUCCAGAAGUCAGAGCAAGAUGUUUGUCGUUUCCAGGCCGGAAAUACCAGCCAGGACCCAUGUAAACAUGACUAUAUCGAACGAGAUGGCUGCCAAUUCGGGCGAAGGGGAAGCAGCUUGUCAACAUUUGUGUGACCUGAUCACUGAUGAGAUACCACCAUUGUUGAACGUCUCUAUUGCAGACACAGAGCCAGGCUCUUUAAGUUGUAGUCUCAAACAACACACCUUGAGGAGGCAACAAGUGAUAGAGGAGAUUGUAUCGAUCACCCCUGAAUCUUCUACAGCAGGAAGAGCCUUGAUGUCACUCACCAACAAGAUUGCCACCCCAGAUAAAGAGAACGAAGGGAGGAGCAGGAGGCACAAGGGCGUGGUCAGUUACAAGGAGCCAUCCCUGAAUAGCAAAAUGCGGCGUGGUGACAAAUUCACAGACUCCAUGUUCCUGAACUCUCCAGCCUUUAAAGGCAGCAAGAAAAAGAAGCAGAAGUCACAACCAUCCAUCUGUAAAGAUUGAUUUUAACUUUUUUAUGUUGUUGGCUUUAAUGCACGUUUAAUAUAUACAUAUAUAUUUUUUGAAAUAAACUGUGAUUUACUGGCUGUUUAUACUGUUCAUGAAGCGUGUGUGUUGGUUUGAGGCUGGCCAUAAAUGAUUCAGUUGUGCUUGUUCAACCGAGACGUCACCUUUUCUCAUUUGAAGGUUACUGCAUUGAGUUUGGUCUUGCUGGACAUAAACUGUAACAUAUUAACAUACUUUUAUGUGUACAACUGUUUGGUGAGUACAAAAGCGUGAAUGUGUUUUGCACAGGUUACAGUACUGUUUCUCUUUGUAUUGAUUAACAUUGAUUGAUUAACAAGGUGAACUGAUUCUGGUUUUAUUUUACUACAGUUUUGUUUCAUUUGCUGUUUCAAGGUUCCCUUCCAUCAACAUCCAUUCCCCACCCCCCUACUCUUUUACGCAUAACUUGUCAAAAACUGUGACAGUCAACUGGUUUAAGUUUGACAUCUAUGCGGUUUGUCGACUGAAUGCAAAAGCCAAUAAACGGUAUGAAGCUUACAAAAUGACCAGGUCAGAUUUACGUGUUUGUGACAUAGCAAGUUACUAAUUAUUCAAGUACCUGCCCACUUCAUGGUUGCUACACGCCUCCACAUCUCAGGAAAACUGACUGUGUGACAACACGCCUGCGUUGUGCAAAGGUAUGAGGGGCCGUUAGGGACAUUAUUCAGGAUUAGCUCUCAAAUUUUACUAUUCAAAUGAAUUCACACACUCAAACUACUGAAAAGUUCUCGUAAACACUACCCAAAUGCUCUCAUAAACACUACUCAAACCCUCUCACCAACACUAGUCAAAUCCUCUCAUACCUACAAGUGCAAGUCUAGCUCACAUAAAUACUACUCAAACACUCUCAUAAACACAAGUCAAAUCCUCUCAUACGCACAAGUUUUUCUCCCAUAAGCACUACUCAAACACUAAUAAACAUGACUCAGAAUCAUCUCAUAAACAAUAGUCAAAACCUCUCAUGUACGAGUGAAAGUCUUGCUCUCAUCACAGUACUCAAACGCUCAUAAGUGAAAUCCUUUCAUACACAAGUGAAAUACUAAAUACCAUACUAAAUCAAUAAGGAAAAGCGUUAUUGUAACAAUAAUCAAUGAGGAAAAGCGUUAUUGUAACACAAUAAUCAACAAGUAUAUGACAUAUACAUUAUAAAUAUAUUUGUAAGUACUAUACAGUAUAAUGCUAUGUAACGGUACUGCUUAAGUUAGGCUUACGAUUGUACUUUAUGGCUGUUGGUCAAUGCCAUAUUAUUUUUUGAAAACCACUUCCUUUUCAACUCGUAAAGACACGCUCAUAUAAGCGUCAAAUGUCUGCACAUAUACAGGUCAAAUAAGCUCUCAUAAACAUGUCAAAUCUAUUCACACACUAUCUUCAAAUGCAUUAAUAUAAUCUACUCGAAUCCAUUCACACACCAUCCUCAAAUGUAUUGAAAAAAAUAUACUCAAAUCUUUUCAGACUUCCAUCUCAAAUGCUUGCAUACAUGCUUGUGAAAACAUUUUUUUCCCCCCAUUUUUUUGUGGACGUCCUCCGGGCCAAAGAGGAAAAGAACCAUUGGGACUGUUAUGGACAGCUGAAGGUGUAGAUCAAGCAAGAAUGGGAAAUAAUUCCACCUGCAAAGCUUCAGCAAUUA